AUCUCACCCGACAAAUGGACACCCCAACCUCCAGGGUCCAAGAAACAACGUCAAGAAGAUCGAAGAACUCACUCAGAAGAGAGGUGUAAACUAAAAUGGCAAGUGUCGGGCUCAGUAACUGUUGGUAUUGUUCUUCUUCAGCCCUCACAACUCAUCCUCUUCCGAACAAGAGGUUGAACUUUGCGUGCAAUUUCAUACUGCCCGUUUACCGGAACGCCUUGAAAGCGAGCAAGGUUUAUUGUAAAGAACUACCCGACACCCAGAGUAGUGGGAUUGAUCAGAAUCCCACAAACCGUGGGGCCUCGAUUUCCAGGUCCAAGAUGGAAGAGUACAACAUUGCGAUGAAGAGGAUGAUGAGGAGCCCUUAUGAGUAUCACCAUGAUCUUGGGAUGAACUACACUCUGAUAACUGAUAAUCUGAUAGUAGGCUCCCAGCCUCAGAAGCCCAAAGAUAUAGAUCAUCUAAAACAGGAGCAGAAUGUGGCAUAUAUUCUGAACCUGCAGCAGGACAAGGACAUUGAAUAUUGGGGAAUUGAUUUGCAGUCAAUAAUAAUAAGAUGUCAAGAACUUGGAAUCCGUCACAUGAGGAGGCCUGCAAGAGAUUUUGAUCCAGAUUCUCUGCGAAGUGGAUUGCCUAAAGCUGUUUCAUCAUUGGAAUGGGCCAUUUCCAAGGGGAAAGGGAAAGUUUAUGUGCACUGUACUGCUGGAUUAGGAAGGGCCCCAGCUGUUGCAAUUUCUUACAUGUUCUGGUUUUGUGGUAUGAAUCUGAAUACAGCAUAUGAUAUGCUAACUGCAAAGAGACCCUGUGGACCCAAUAGAAGAGCAAUACGAGGAGCUACUUACGAUCUAGCUAAGAAUGAUGGAUGGAAAGAGCCCUUUGAGAGCCUACCAGAAUAUGCUUUCGAGGACAUAGCAGACUGGGAAAGGAACUUGAUUCAAGACCGUGUUCAUGCCCUCCGGGGAAGUUGAACACUGAGUAUUUAUACUUUCAAAAUUCAAAUUGCUUUCAGGGUGAUACGAAAUUCAGUUAAGUUGCUACUGGGCCUUGGGCCUAGGAGCCUGGGAAAUUGAACGUGCUUCAUGGAUGUGCAAAUGUGUGGCCUAAAUGAAAUGAAUGAUUGAGAAAGUUCGUAUUAUAAUAUUACAUAUGGGGAUAUCUUUUUAGAAUCUGAAUUGCGAAUGACCUGAUUGACCCAGUUGUCGGAGGCCAAAGUUAAGGCAAUCAUAUUGUAGAUUCCCGGGAUGUCAAUUCUGGACUAUGAUAAUCUUAAUCUUGUCUUACAAUCAUUUGGGGUAUUGUGCAUUAUUGCUGGACUUGUAUAUGCCAGCACAGCAACAACAUACACGUGAACAGUAUAUAUAGCAUGUGUAUUGUCAGUAUGGAAUUGCAUACACGUGAAAUAAAGGCUUUUGUUCAAUCUCUCAA